AUGGCUUGCGCCGCUGCUCGGAGCCCUGCUGACCAGGACAGGUUCAUAUGUAUCUACCCUGCUUAUUUGAAUAACAAGAAGACCAUCGCCGAGGGAAGGCGCAUCCCUAUAAAUAAGGCUGUUGAAAAUCCCACCGCUACAGAGAUUCAGGAUGUAUGUGUAGCAGUUGGACUUAAUGCAUUUCUUGAGAAAACCAAAAUGUACUCUAGAGAGUGGAAUCGAGACAUGCAGUAUAGGGGUAGAGUCCGGGUGCAGCUCAAGCAGGAAGAUGGCAGCCUCUGUCUUGUACAGUUUCCAUCACGUAAGUCAGUAAUGUUGUAUGCAGCGGAAAUGAUUCCUAAACUAAAAACAAGGACACAAAAAACAGGAGGUGGUGACCAGAGUCUUCAGCAAGGAGAGGGAAGUAAAAAAGGAAAAGGAAAAAAGAAGAAGUGA